UUGCAAAUUAUCACCACACGGUGGCGCUGUAAAAUUGUAAUGGCUGCCUCCUUGAUGCGUCGGCUUCGGGUUGUUGGAGUAAACAAAUGGAUGAAUGCUUUUCAGAACCGAUCAAUACACCUGUCAGUGCGAGCUUUGGGGGCAUUUGAUGAUGAUUUUGAGAAAGCGAAAAAUCGACUGAAUACUCUGAGGGAGGAGCCAGGAAAUGAUGUCAAAUUGAGAAUAUACGCAUUGUUCAAACAAGCAACAAAUGGAAAAUGCAACACACAAAAACCAGGCAUGAUGGACUUUGUCGGGAAAGCAAAAUGGGAUGCCUGGAACAGUUUAGGCGACAUUACUCAGGACGCAGCCAAGCAAAAGUAUAUUGAACUUGUUGAUGAAUUAGCCGGCAAAGAAAAACCAGAAACUCCUGCUGAAAGUAUGACAGCCACCGGCAGUAAAUUUACCACACUAGAUGUAACUAAUGAAGGAGGAGUCUACACUAUCAAGCUCAACAGACCUAGCAAGAAGAAUGCUAUCAAUUUUGAGAUGUAUGAUGAGUGGGUACUGGCUUUAAAGGAGGCAGCCGAUGACAAGAAUGUGGUGGUAGCAGUAGUUACAGGUACAGGGGAUUUCUACUGCAGUGGAAAUGAUCUUGGAAAUUUUAUGGAUAUCCCCCCUGAUGGCGUGAAAGCCAUGGCUGAAGAAGGUGGAAUAAUAUUAGA